UGGUCACUCCUCAAUAGCCAAACGUGAAAAUCUAAUUGGUAGAGACAAUAUUUCAAUCUUAUAGAUGGAAUUAUAACUUACUCAAAACGUCAAAGCUAGGCAUGUUUUUUGUUUCUCACGCCGUGGAUUACGGUGCCUCUCUUUGCUUAAUUAUAUAGAAAAAAUUCACAACAGAACCAUAUUCACAAUAUUCAUUUUCUUAAAUUAUUCAUUGUGAAUUAACAUUAACAUGCAGUUAUUUCAGAAACACACAAAAGCACAGUCUUUGAUUAAUUUCAUAUUAGUUACAUCUUCAUUUUGUGGUUUUUAUGUUCUUGUAUCAGUACUAAUAUUAGGUACAUCAAAUUCAAAGCUAUUACUACAUUUGCAACAUUCUUCAGAAUCAUCAAGAGAUGUUUUCAUAAAAAAAACAAACACAACUCUAGAUGAUAUUGUGUUUGGUAUUGCUUCAAGCAAGAGUUCAUGGACAAAGAGAAAGGAGUAUGUGAAACUAUGGUGGAAAAACAACAAUGCAAUGAAGGGUUGUGUGUUUUUGGAUAGUUUACCACAAAAUGAAGAUGACCCUUCUUCUCUUCCUCCUCUAUGUGUCUCCGAAGACACUUCGCGGUUUCAAUAUACUUGCAAAGGUGGACUUCGAUCAGCUAUCCGGGUGGCACGUGUUGUCGCGGAGACUGUAGCCUUGAAUCAUUCAAAUGUAAAGUGGUAUGUGUUUGGAGACGACGACACGGUUUUCUUCCCGGAGAAUUUGGUGAAGACUCUUUCUAAAUAUGAUCAUGAGCUUUGGUAUUAUAUUGGUGCACACUCUGAGAUUUAUGAGCAGAAUCGUUUGUUUGGUUUUGGAAUGGCUUUUGGUGGUGCUGGUUUUGCUAUUAGUUCAUCUCUUGCUAAAGUUUUGGCAAAGGUUUUUGAUUCUUGUUUGGAAAGGUACCCUCAUCUAUAUGGAAGUGAUGGUAGAGUUUACUCUUGUUUAGCAGAACUUGGUGUAGGAUUGACACAUGAACCAGGUUUUCAUCAGGUUGAUUUAACUGGAAAUACCUUUGGCUUAUUAGCUGCACACCCAGUAACACCCUUAUUGUCUCUGCAUCAUCCAGAUUACACAGAUCCAAUCUUUCCGAACAUGACAACUACACAAGCUCUAAAACAUUUAUUUGAAGCAGUAAAUGUUGAUUCUCAAAGGAUGUUGCAACAAACAAUCUGCUAUGAUAGAUGGUUUUCAUGGACAAUUUCAGUGUCAUGGGGUUAUGCUGUUCAAGUAUUCCCCAACCAUAUGUUUUUGCCGGAUGUUGUGAAUGCGCGAGAAACAUUCAAGCAGUGGAAAAAGGGAAAUAUGUUAGCAAAAGCUUAUACUUUCAACACAAAACCAGUUCACCCUGAUCCUUGUAAAAGAUCUACUAUCUUCUAUUUCGAUAGUGCCUCUUCUGGUAAAGACGGUAUUAUAAACAGUUAUUAUAAGAGAUCUUUUCAAAAUUGCUCAAAGGAUUUGGUGUCUCCAAAGAAACUAGAAGUCAUCAAAGUGGUUACUCAUAAGCUAGACCUUGACAUCAAACAGUUGCAGGCUCCAAGAAGGCAUUGUUGUGAUGUAUUGCCCUCAAGUGCUAGUGACCAACUGGAAAUUUCUGUUAGAGAAUGCAAAGAUGAAGAAUUGAUUUACAAGCACUGAAGUGUUGCCUAUGAUGUGACCAAGUGUUUUUUAAUCCAAUAUAUAAUGUAUUAAGGGUCGAAAUUUAGUCGAUGAGAUUGUAAAUUAAGAGAAAUUAUAAAAAUAGAUUAAUUAGCCGAUUUUA